CAAUUUAUAUAGAGGGCUCUUUCCCACUACAGCAGAGCUCAGAUCCAAGAUCUUGCACCCUAUUAGCAAUGGAGACUGAAACUUGCAGACCCAUCUCGAAGCUCGCAUCUUUGGCCGCUUCCAUCGCGUUCCUUUUUGUCUUCUCAAGUAUAACAUCAACAGAAGCUUAUGAUUCGCUUGAUCCAAAUGGAAAUAUAACCAUUAAAUGGGAUAUCAUGCAGUGGACUCCAGAUGGAUAUGUUGCUGUCGUUACUAUGUUCAACUUCCAGCAGUAUCGUCAUAUACAAGCUCCAGGCUGGACACUAGGAUGGGCGUGGGCAAAGAAAGAGGUGAUCUGGUCCAUGGUUGGGGCACAAACUACCGAGCAAGGGGAUUGCUCCAAGUAUAAGGGCAACAUCCCUCAUUGCUGUAAGAAGGAUCCAACCGUCGUUGAUCUCCUCCCCGGCACUCCAUAUAACAUGCAGAUCGCUAAUUGUUGCAAAGGUGGAGUCAUCAAUUCAUGGGUUCAAGAUCCGGCAAAUGCAGCAAGUUCCUUCCAGGUCAGUGUGGGAGCUGCGGGGACCACGAACAAGACUGUGCGUGUACCGAAGAAUUUCACGCUCAAAGCCCCUGGGCCAGGGUAUACUUGUGGGCUUGCAAAGAUUGUUAAGCCAACUAAAUUUACUACACAAGAUGGAAGGAGAACGACUCAGGCUCUGAUGACAUGGAACGUUACAUGCACAUACUCCCAAUUUCUGUCUCAGAAGACCCCUACAUGCUGCGUCUCUCUUUCCUCUUUCUAUAAUGACACCAUUGUCAACUGCCCUACAUGCACAUGUGGAUGCCAAAAUAACAUAACUCAACCUGGAAGCUGUGUAGAGGGAGAUUCACCUUAUUUAGCGUCUGCUGUCAAUGGCCCAGGCAAGAGCACAUUCACACCUUUGGUUCAAUGCACAUCUCAUAUGUGUCCUAUAAGAGUGCAUUGGCAUGUCAAGCUCAACUACAAAGAAUAUUGGAGAGUGAAGGUUACAAUAACAAACUUCAACUAUCGGAUGAACUACACGCAGUGGAACUUGGUGGUUCAGCACCCUAAUCUUGACAAUCUAACUACACUAUUUAGUUUCAACUACAAGUCCUUGACCCCUUAUUCAUCCAUAAAUGAUACUGCAAUGCUAUGGGGAGUCAAAUUCUACAACGAUUUGCUCAUGGAAGCGGGGCCUUACGGAAACGUGCAAUCAGAACUUCUCUUUCGCAAGGACCAAUCGACCUUCACUUUUGACAAGGGAUGGGCCUUUCCUCGUCGUAUAUACUUCAAUGGUGAUAACUGUGUGAUGCCUCCUCCCGAUGCAUAUCCAUGGUUGCCCAACGCUAGCCCACACUCCUUAAUCCCCUCGUCAUUUCCAACUAUGACCUUUUUGGUAGUUUUGGCUUGUGUACUACUUUAGUCUUAGCUUCAUAGCUUUUUCUUAGCUGAUUGCGAUUUUUUCAACGGUUCUCAUACGAGUUUGCCAAAGGCCAGAUAUCUUGUUACUGAAGCCACAGUUCAGGUGGAUCAUUUGUAACCUAAGAAGGUGUUGUAAGUUUAUAUAUUUAUGUUUUUAUUUUCCCUAUUUUGAUGCAGAGAGAUUAAGCUUAUAGUAUGUUGUAAUUUCUGUUAAUUGUAUGGUGGAGGGAGACGUUGGUGAUAAAGUGUAUGCCACUGAAUAUUAUUUAUGAAUAGGAAUUUAUUUGUUGUAAAAAGUGAA